UCUAGAGUUCGAUUUCGUGUAUUUUAACAGGUGGAGGUGGAGGGGGACGAACAGCUGGAGUGUGUAUGAUGAGCAGCAAAUGGAGAGACGAGCAAACUCCGUCGUACAUCGAUUUCGUGUCGUCGUUCCUUAACGCAAAUUCCUUCCGUCUCAACUUCGUCCCGAUUGCUCCAGAUUUCAUUUUCAACUGUGGAGGUCUUUCAUUGGCAUUCAUCUUCGUUACUAACUGGGAUUGCAGCAACACCGAGCUAGUCUUCAACAGAGUUCAGAAUCUGAAGACUCGUUUCGCAAACCUGUAUGUUGUUGUCUGCUUACCCACGAAGGAGAAGAAUGAUUCUUUUGUACGGUCUUACUUCAAAUGCGGGAUGCAGAUUGGCCGGCCACCAUUUGUGCCAGUUCAAGACUUGGAGAUGGGGUUUGAGAAGAUGGUCAAGAUAGCACAUUCUCGUGGGGCAUGCAAGCAGCAGGAUGUUACCUCAACAAUGAAGGCUGAGGUUUGUGUGUUGAUAUCAUUGUUCAUAUAUCCUGUUGCAUGUGAGAAGAGGCUGGGAUCGGUGCAAAUGUUGGAGAAUUACGUUAAAGUGAUCACUUCAAUACCAGGCAUCGACAGCCACGACGCGAAUAUGCUGAAUCAAGGUAUAGGUUCGAUUGAAGCCGUUGCUAAGGCGACCAAGGAAAACAUCUUGGAGAAAACUGACCUUUCCCCUGACAAGGCUGAGACCAUCACAAGGUUCUUCAGGGAUCCCAAGUUUUACCUCUCCCCAAAGCUCACCAAGUAAAGGUAUAGCGAGUCUGCAAACCAUUUUACUGGAUAUGCGUUUAUCUGUCUGUUAAAACUUAAAAAACUGAUGUCCUGUGGUAGUCCAGCUCAGUUCCAAAGGGUUGGGAAUCGAGAUGAAUGGUUGUUUACUCAUGAUUUGGAAUGAAUUGAUACUUGACUAUAUGCCCAAAAUCAAAAUGAUGGAUUGUUCAGGUUUGAUUUUAUUAUCGAAUUCAAA